CACAGAUGAUAUACGAUCGAUAAACUUCCUCGACGCCGCUGAAAAUGUUAAAACAUCAAUGAUUCUGGGCCUAGUAAUUACCCAAUCGUUUGAUUAGAAGCGUUAUUCCUUUUACUAUCCAUAUACACAUUGGAUGAAACUGGAGCAAUAAUGGUCCUUGAUUUCAAUUUAAGUGUAUUUGUGGAAAACUUAAAAGCAACCAAGCCUCCAUAUGAUUGUCCGAUUCCAAACUGUGGAAAGACGUACAAAAGUUUCAGUGGAAUUCAAUUUCAUAUUUUUAAUUAUGAUCAUGAAAAUCCGGAAAACAACUCCCCUACCCCGGGGAAGAAGCCAUCUACUGGGAAAAAGAAACAGAAGUGGAAACAUUGGCGACAAAAGUGCAAUGAGCCGCCACCGUCUCCACCAGAUUUCCUUCGACCUCAGGAGACCCUGACUUAUGCAGAGUCCCAGAGACUUGUUGAGAUAGACCUUGACGGACGUAUCCACAGAAUUAAUAUUUAUGAACCAUUAGAUAUUGUUACACAGGAUGUUAUUGAUAAUCAGAGUAAUAUAGAAAAGGAAGAAAAGGGUGAUAAAUCUCCUCAGAGACAUGUUAAAGAGCUUCCUAAAGGGAGAAAAGAAACAAGUAAUUCUAGUCAUGGCAAUACAGCAAAACUGCCGGAGGCCCAGUUUAAGGUGAUUGAUGACUAUGUUAAGCCUGUGAAGACGCAGUCUCGUACUGACGCCUACUAUAGGUACAUCGAGAAGUCAGUGGAGGAGCUUGAUGAGGAGGUUGAGUAUGACAUGGAUGAAGAGGACCAUGCUUGGUUAGAGAUUGUGAAUGAACAAAGAAAGAGCAACUCUUUAGGUUUAGUAACUCAAGAGAACUUUGAAAUGUUGAUGGACAGAUUUGAAAAGGAGGCAUUUUUCCACAGCCAAACUUCUGGAAGCGAUGUUGUACCAUCUAUAGAUGAGGAUGCAGUGUGUUCUAUUUGUGUUGAUGGGGAAUGUCAAAACAGUAAUGUGAUAUUGUUCUGCGACAUGUGCAACUUGGCAGUGCACCAGGAGUGCUAUGGCGUGCCGUACAUUCCUGAGGGACAGUGGCUGUGCCGCCGGUGUCUUCAGUCUCCAUCCCGCGCAGUGGAUUGUGUUCUGUGUCCUAACAAGGGCGGUGCUUAUAAACAAACUGACGAUGGUCGUUGGGCCCAUGUUGUUUGUGCACUGUGGAUACCAGAGGUUGGCUUUGCUAACACUGUGUUUUUAGAGCCUGUUGAUUGUUUAGAUAGGAUCCCUCCAGCACGGUGGAAACUAUCUUGCUACAUCUGUAAACAGCGAGGCACUGGUCCAUGUAUUCAGUGCCACAAGCCUAACUGUUAUACAGCUUUCCAUGUAACCUGUGCACAACAGGCAGGGCUCUAUAUGAAAAUAGAAGCCAUUCGAGAACCCAUAGGGCACACCAUCAGUGUGCGCAAGACAGCUUUCUGCGAUGUGCACGCGCCUGCAAACUCCGAGGCAGGCAGCACGGGCAUGUAUGCUGACAGUGAUGAUACGGCAGCAAAGGCUGAAGCCAAGGAAAAGUCUCGGCAGAAAAUGAGGAAGGCAAGGAAAAUCCUUGCAGAGAAAAGAAAUGCCAUCCCUGUUGUCUCCAUACCUAUCAUUCCAAAACAUAGAGUUGAGAAGAUCUCUAACAUUGUGACAUUUGCAAAAAAGCAGCCGUUUCUGACUCGACUGUUGAGUUACUGGACAUUGAAGAGACAGUCUAGGAAUGGUGUGCCCCUCAUACGCCGCCUACAAACCAAUCACAUGAGCAGGAAGGCAGAGCCAAAGAAUGACAAGCAGAGCAGCGCCCUCCGUGAACAGCUCAAGUACUGGCAGCGACUGAGACAGGACCUUGAGAAGGCUCGACUCCUUGUAGAACUCAUACGCAAACGAGAAAAACUCAAGCGCGAACAGUUGCGGCUUCACCAGAUGGCAACGGAGAUGAAGCUUCAGCCGUUUGCCUUCCUGCUGCGCUCAGCCCUCGACCAGCUUGUGGAUUCAGACUCGUCCAGGAUCUUCUGUGAACCUGUGGACAGGGAUGAGGUUCCUGACUACUACGUGCACAUCGAACAACCAAUGGAUUUUUCCACAAUGCGGACGAAGAUCUCUGAGCAGAAGUAUAAAACAAUGGACGACUUUGAAGCAGAUUUUGACCUGGUCAUACAAAACUGCCUGUCAUACAAUGCAAAAGACACUGUCUUCUACAAGUCAGCUGUGAAACUGAGGGACCAGGGUGGUGCAAUAAUACGUCAGGCUCGGCGGACAGCAGAGCGGGUGGGCUAUGACCCCGACACUGGUCUUCACCUGCCUGAACCCCCCGCCAACCAGCAGCGAGAACCUGUUAUACUGGAAGACUUUGAUGUGUUCCUGGAGAGCAAGGACAGCCUUCCUCUGGAGGAGCAACUUAAGAUCCUGUUGGAGAAGAUGGACGUGGCUUCGCUAUCUAAGCGUAAGUCGAAGUUGGCAAAGCGUAUCCGUCAGGAGAUUGUGAAAGUGCGUCGUAAGCUGGCCAUUGAGAAGGGGUGUGUUCUCAACAGUGAUUUGGAGGAGAGUCUUAAUGACACAGCAUCUGAGGAUGAUGAUGUUGAGGAAGAGGUGAAAGUAAUGCCAGAGACAGAGAAAUCCCCAGGAAAGAUACCCAAAUCCCCAAGCCCAGCGGAUAAACAGGCCAACACACCAAAGUCUCCGAAAAAUCCCUCCACAUCAAAGUCACCGAAGGCCCAGAAGUCGUCUGUGAUUAGGAAGGGUCCUUCCAUCUCAUCUGGGAGGGUUGAAAAGGGCUUGGUGUCUGGGCGUGGCACACCUGGGAGGGGUAGAGGCAGGGGGCGGGGUAGAGGCAGGGGAAGGUCACUCUCCACACGCAGCGAGUCCGAGUCAGAGAGUAUCAAACAAGAUGAAAAAGUGGACAUCUCAAAGCCAAGCACACCAACCAGUGUCCAGUCAGAUGACCGGUCUACCACAUCAACCCCAACUCCAGGGGUCAACAGACGCACUGCAGUGCUCUUCAGCAAAAAGGGGGCACGCAAGGAGGGUGGCCCAUCCACUAGUACUCCAAACCAACGCAAGCCAGGCAGGCCUCCUAAGUUAAAGACUCAAGACAAGCCGACCUCAGACUCGCCCCAGCCCCCGGUACUGGAACUUAUGAUCCCAUCCCCGGGAAAGUCACCCAAGAGCCCAGGAGCCCGUAAACGCUCCUCCAGUGUUCUACAGGCCCAAAACACUGACUCUGUUCCGUCUCCUCCCAAGAGAACUAUGUCAAUGUCUGAGCCCCUGCCCUCAUUCUCUGAUCCCCCAGACCUGACACGGCGGGACAACUUCAUGACAUAUAGGGUUGGUGACCACAUCCGGAGCUCCUCCGAGUCGGACAGCACAUCAGGCCUAAGCAGCAGCGAGGAGACCAUGUCAGAUACCUCCAGCACGGGAUCCAGUGACACCAGAUCCGAGUUGAGCACGUCAGGCACUAUGCAGCAACUCUACACAGACAGCGAGUGUUCCGAGGAGGCAGGUGACACAGACGCGCGCCGAGCAGGGUUAGCUGGAGCUAGUUUGUCUAAGACAGCCUUAGCAAAGGAAAAAUGUCCAACAGCUUUGGAAGUAGUGGGUGUAAUUUGUAGAAAAACUAGAUCAAUGACAUUGCAUACAGAUCAAGGAAAAAAACAAAUAGACAAAUCACAGAGCUUGCACUCUAUUAAAUGUUGUCAAGAUACUUCAAAACAAUCAAUAGUAAGCCAAGGAAAAAAAUCUCUAAGCUCAGACAUGUUACAUGGCUCUGGUGAAGAUUUAGCUCAAAACAACACACACACUGGGAUGAAAGCUGCUGUUAAAAACAAAUCUAGAAUCAGUAAUAAUGACUGCUCACCCAAAAAGAAAACAAAAAGUGUUUCCAACCCAAAGAGGUAUAAAAAGGCAGAGACCACAGGUCAUUGCUUCGAGAUGUUUGUAGCGGGUGGUGAAGAUGGUGCUGUAGCUGUACAGCAAGACGUGGAGAAAUCCCAGGUGUGGAUGGUGUAUGAUGUUCUACCUGACAUGGAUCAACAACUCUAUACAGACCUGUUCAUAAGUGGGAACGAUGCGGGGAAGAGGAGGGAGGUCACUGCUGAACAAAUGGAAGAUGAAGUGGAAGAUGGCAUUGUGAGAAAAAUUAACAAACAUAGAAAUACUACCACUGGUAGAAAGCAUUCAAGUAAAGAACUUUCUCUGAAAUUGCCUAAGAAAUUUGGUGGAAUUAGUGAAGAAAACCUCUUUGAAAAGGUUUUGGGUGGAAGAGAGAUGAAGGUUGUUUCCAGAGAAAUGUAUCGGAAAAGAGAAAUGGGUGUUGAUGAUGAACUCAUUGAAGAAAUAGGAGGUGAAUCUGGUCGAGGAUCUCCCACCAUUAAGCAAGUUGGAGAAAUGUUGGCGCAUGAAGAGGACACCAUUUGUGAGAGGAAGAGGAAAGACAAGAGCAGAAUACAUGGUCAUUACAAAAAAUGUCAUCAUAACGAAUCUCAGACAAAAGAUUCUUCCAUUAACAACAGAAGAAAUCUAGUUGACAUAUCAUUUGAUAUGAAAGAAAAUGAAUUGCAGGGAGAGCAUUUGAAACAUUCCAAAAAUUAUUCAAGUCACAAUGCAAGUAAAGUGAGCAAGCCUUUGUUGCGGCUUUAUGAUAGUUGGAAUCUGGUACCUGGCUUCCUGUUUGGGUCCCACAUGAGGGGAGAUAGAGGGAAAGGUAUACCCUGUUACCAGUUACAAACACUUUAGUGUUCCACCUUCCUGUUCUUUUCUGUUUUUGUACCCCCUUUGGCUUCUUGCACAGAUCUUGUAAAGAAUGGACUUAAUGAAGAGGCAAACAAUAAAGCAUAAACCAAAAGCAUUAGCAUCAUAUUUUAGAAAACACUGGCCUUGUGUCUAAGUAUGAUGUGGAGUUAUGCCAUAGCUCAAGUAUCCAGUUGUUACCCUUAGCAUUGUCUAACUUGAUUCUUUGGCUAGUUUCUGCUUUAACGACUAUAAUUUGUUGAUUAAAAAUGUUUGUUUCUGAAAUUAUUGUCAAAUAGAGACUAUACAAGCAUCUUCACUUAAUUUGUAUUUGUGGCAUUCCCUGCUUUUGAGAAAAAACAGCAACACAGACAGAGAAUGAUCCACGAUAUCAUUUUUCAAGUUACGAUGCUUUGUUCUGUUAAAAUAUUGUUCAAGUUUGUUUUUGUGGCUAGUUAGAGUUACAGUAUACCAUUUGCCUAGUAUAAAUCAGUAUCCAAAUAUUACAAAUUUAAAUCUUAAAGGCGCACACAAAAAAGGUUUGUAUAUUUUUUAAUGCAUUUACAUUUCUUACUCAUUUGACUUUAAUGAUCAAAACACAAAAAAGCAUAAGGGAAAGCAUGGCGCUUUUUAAAAUAGCUAUUGAAACCAACUUGAUAAGGUGUUUAUUUUUUAUCUGGACACAAAUCAUAUGGUUUUUUGUUUUGAUCAUUAAAAUCAAAUGAGUUAAACAUGUUAAUGCAUUAAAAAUUAAAAAAAAGAGAAGAAUGUUCACUCAACUAUUUUUCUGAUAGUAAAUUCUUGUGGUGGCAUUCUUUUAAUGUUUAAGCAGCUGAAGUGUUUGAAAAAGUUUAAUAUCAGUGAAACACUCAGAACAUUACUUCCCAUUUACAUGUAAUUAAACAACUCAUUUGUUCAUUGUUAAAUCAUUCAUUUAAAAAACACCUGUUGAUAACAUUUAUUAAAGCUGAGAUUAUCAAAACUAGGAUCAAUUUAUGGCGGGUUACAACUGUUUUGGCAGUGGGAUAUUGGCUUUUUAGAUGUGAUUUAUGUAAUUUAAAUGUGCACCUGGUUGAACUCUGAAUUGUGGCCAGUGUGGCUAACCCCUGGGCUCUCAGUCAUAUCCAGGGAUUUAUUACCAAUGCGUACAUCUAGUUAUGAGUAAUGUGUCAAAGAAAAAAAUGAAAAUAUGACCAAGCAAUGCUACUCCAAUUUCACUGGUGAGUUCUUGAGGACAAAGAUGGGCUUAUGUGUGAUGAGAUAGAAAUCUGUUUGCGAGGGCUGAGCUGGCUCUAUGCUUUCCUCAUCAGCCUGGAAUGCACGCACAUUCUCUCUUCCAACUAUGGUUACCAGCAACAAGUACAGUUCAAUUCAGAUAGGUUUUUAAUGGUUUUGAAAAAAAAGAGACAUUUUUGACAUUGUAAAAAAGACAUAAUGUUAAUAAUUCGCUUUAAUAAUGCACCUGGCAUAUUACAUAUUUCUCCUUUAUAGCGCCACAUGAUACUAUGUUUUACGUAAAAAUGCAGUUUUCUAAGUGCAAUAGUGCUAAAUGAAGAGGUGAUACUAUCAGACAGUCAUUUUUAACAUUCCAGCUCAGUCAUAAUUAGCUUGUAAUGAAAAUAUAUAAAGAUGAUAAUACUUCAUAAAUACUUGUGAAUAUAAUAAAUUCAAGUGUCUAUACGUGCUACUAUUGUGUUUUAGAGAUUAUCAUGAUAUUGUAAAAGGAUGCAAAAAGAAAGUUACAUCAUUGGCAAACUAUUAUAGACAUUUAUUGAACUUGCAGACAUUAUAUCACUUCAGGUUGUAGAUAGUGGUAAUACAGUUACCCGUCUGGUGCAUAACAACAACCUCACUUUAUUUUAUAUUAGAACAUGUGUACCUGUACACUUCUAUAAUCGUUGGGUCUUAAGGUUUUCAUAAAGCAUUAAGAAUGUAACUGUACUACCAUCAUGGUCACAUCCUGAGUGUAAAGGAAAAUAUGUUGCUUGGCAAUACUAGUUUUAUAUUGUGAGUGGUGCACAUGUUUUUGUCCGGCCCCUUGACCAC